AUUUUUUAUUUAGCAGCAAUUAUUUUUAUGGUGUAUGGUGUUUUGAUAGUUAGACCUGAACUUCAUUUCAAAAAUGACGGAAAAGAAGGCUGUUGAUGGAGCACAAAGCCUAAGUAUGGAUACCCUUGGAAUGUUGCUGCUGGAGCAAGAGAAGGGAUUGAUACUUUGUGAACAGCAAUUGAGUGAUUGGAGGAAAUCAAAGCAAGACUAUGAGACACUGAAAUCUUUACUUGAGAAAUUGCCACAGAAAGUUCAUCAUGAAGUCAUGGUUCCAUUGGGAAAGAAGGCUUUCAUGCCUGGUCGGCUGAUCCAUACCAAUGAAAUAUUGGUGCUUCUUGGUGACAAUUGGUUUGCAACACGAUCUGCUCAGCAAGCAGUUGAAAUUGUGUCAAGGCGCAUUAAGAUGUGUGAUGACAUGCUGGAGAAGUUGGAGAAAGAAAAGGGUCUGUAUCAAUCAUGGAAAGAGCACACAUCACAAAUGUCACAAAAUGCUGGGAUGGAGAUCAUGGAACCAUAUGAUGAGGAGCAGGAAUGCAAUUGGAGAAAGGAGCAUAGGGAAAGAAUGAGAAGGUACAAGCAGGAGCUGGCCAAGGAGAGACAGAAGCAAAGAGAAUUUGAGAGGCAUUCUCAAAUAGAAAGUGAGGAGGAGAACCUCUGGCAUAGGCUGGAUGAACUUGAGGAAAUGGAGGAGCUUGAAGAUGAACAAGCCAAGAUGGAAGCAUCUGAAGAUGAAGAUUGCAGAGAGGGGAAUGAAGUGUCCGAAGUUACCAGAAAUGUGCAUUGGGCUGACCGAAAAGUUACAAGCACUACUAAAAAAAUAUUGUUCUCUUUCUCUGAUCAUGACUCUCUUCCAUCUGAAAAAACAGCAGGCCACACUGGCCCACCUUCCAUAGAGUGCCCAAGUGAUAUAAAGAGCUUAUUUGGUGGCACCCAAGAGUUAAAAUCCAUCUUGAGAAAGAGGGUAUCAAAGGAGGAAGUUGUUUCAAGUGAUGGUACUAUUAGUGCAUCUUCUGUUCCUGAUGUUUCCAACGAGUUAAAUGUGCCUGAAUCUCAGAUGGUCCUAUGUGAAAGUCAACACCUUCCUUCCCCUGUUGCUGACCUGGUGGUGGAGAGGAGUGUCAACCAAGAGUUCUCCAGCAGUCAAAAUACCCAGGAUGAUUCAGUCUCAUUUGCAAAGCCUAUGUCCAAGUUCAGAGCCAUGCGAAUGAAGCAGUGA